GUUGCUCGCAAUACGUUUACAUCGUGUAACGUAAAAUAACGUUGGAAAGUGCUUUCUAGUUUGCUCUUGAUACACCGUAGAAACAAAGUCCUCGACGGCGCGUUACUUCGCCUCGUUUACACCAGCGACCCUAAUUUCCCUAUUGUUCGUCGGGUGCACUUUUAUACUUGCACAGAGACUCGUUAAUUGCUGCCGCCGUUCUUUGCCGUAACGUGGAAAAGAUGGCGAAUCGUACUUGCUCGUGCCAAGUAUCGUCCGAAUUAACGAGCUCGCCGAAACUUUUUCCGUAAACUCCGUUUAACCGUUAAGCCCAGCCGACCGUGACACUAUACGCGCGCUUAUCUAAUUGAAUUUUCAUUUCGCCAAUAUUACAUCGCGUUAAUUCGUGGAAAUUAUACCCGUUCACGCAAAUGCCAUAGACGUAUCUACGAUAGGAUCGGUUACGGAGUGGUUGCGGUGUUAAUCGUACGAGUACAUCUACCACGAUACUUUGCCACAGUUGCGUCGUUUCGAUAAUUUCGAUCGCAACGAAACGCGAAAGCUGUAAGAAUAAGAAAUCUAUCGGCGACUUUGCGUAUCGGAGAAUGGAUAAAUAAUACGCGCAGUCUUCUUUGUUUCGUUGCACGAGUUCACAGGGCAACGAUCCACCGACGAUGAUUUGCAAUCGUCGUUUCACGCUCAGUUUGAUCCGUUCGUUUAUUUUGGAAAAACAACUUACCGUCAGGCGGGCCACUCUUAUCGUCGCCGACAACCGCAUAUCCUCGACCGGACUAUCCCAAGACGCAGAUUCACCAACGUGGACGGUAGUCGGCCUCAGCCCGUCCUCCACAAUUUAAUCGUCCGCGCGAGAAGGACACGGGUAGCGAUACGGGUGUUCCAUGCCGAUGUUCCAUCUAGGAUGCGGUUGCGCGAUUAUGACGUGAUAUUCGACCGUUUUAGCCGAUAACUUUUGGUGCUAUGUAGUGAAAUCGAAAUAGUUUUGGAGAACUCGGAUGCGAAAAAGUUUAUCCUUUUCUGUGAAUUGGUCUCUUCCGUGGCAUAUCGGUCGAACUUCUCGAACUUCGAGAUUCGAGAUUACGAGAUAACUUGCUCGUUUACAGCCUAAACUUUGGCGACAGCGAUAGCCUGCUUGAAAAAUGUUAAAAUGUAAGAUAUUAUUUCGAUAGGAAGGAAGAGCAUAUUUAUCCUAACCGAAGAAAACCGACGACGUCCGACGUUCUUUCGAAAGAAACGCCAACCGUCUUUUACGCUAGCGAACCUGCCGAUCUAAGAACGAUCGGCGUGCGAGCGUCGAACACGGUUUUCCAGGGCAGCCGGUAAAAUCGUCGCGACGUUUCGCUCGAUUUUCCUAGAGUCGUGUCCCCACCGUCCUCGAUUCCGCAGCAGCCGAUUGGCGGCGGAAGGUUAACGCGCGGUCGGCUCCUCCGCGUGGAAAGAGCUGUUCGCGGCGGAUGCGAUAAAAGUGCCGCCGCUGCUCUCGUCCUCGUGCGUUUGCCUCGCGACGAUAGAAUCGCGUUCGUGUCGGCAAACGAUGGUCGCUCGCUCGUGAAAUCGCACUCGCGGAUAAAAAUCCGCCGCUUCUCCCUGUGACCGCUUCCGCUUCGUUCGUCGCUGGUUGUCCGGACGAUCGGCUGCGGCUCGUCGCUGCCGACCUGGUACUCGCGUUCGUCUCUCUGUCCGUCUGUGUGGCUCGAGCCGACCGUGCUUGGUGAAUCGAACGGGAGCAACCCUGGUCCAAGGCGAACCGCGAACUAAUUAUGGAGCUGUCGCGAGUCCACGGAUCGCCUAAUUGCGUUGGGAAGCAGCGAAAUACUCGCUGAUUCGCUGAUUCGCUGAUCACAGUCCGAUCCGAUGCGACGCGAUGGUUCGCCUCGAACUACUUACCAUCUACUACCAUCUGCCACCAUCUGCCACUAUUUACCAGCGAGCAGCCCGAUGAGGUCUCUUCCAGUGGAUUCGUAGUUUCGUACAAGCGGGACAAGACGAACGAGUAGUUUGAACGUAAUCGCGAUCGCGAAGUGCACUUUUCUUAGUUUUCCUGUUCAAACGGGACUCGUUUUUCAGCGUCGUACGAUCGCAAAGUGUUUUUCGGUUGGAACGAGUCGAACCGGUUGACGAACCUCCGACAAUGUCGUUGCUAAUUGUCGGUAGAUAAUGACGCUUCGUUAUCGGACGAAAGCGUCGAUUAACCUAGUUUGCCGGGACGCGCGAUCCUAUUGGAAAAUCGGUCAGGAAGAAUCGUGUUCGUUGUGUGCCGUUGCCUCGCCUCGUGGCUCUGCGACGAUAAGUCGAUUGGUAAUUGAUGUUCGCGAUGAGUCGUAAGAAGGUGUGGAAUUCUAUAGUGCGUCGCAAGAGGAAAAACCACUUGGAUCUCAGUGGCAAAGAAGAGAGCGACGCGGGUAGCGUUUCGCUAUUGCUAAGAAGGGUAUCCACCCUUCCAAGAAGAGGGUUGCAACAGAGACAUACUUUGGAUCCCGAAUUGUCCUCGUUAAGCGAACACGAUUCCAAUCGUCUUAUCGUGGAGCGUGAGUUAAAGUCCUUGUCCUUGCCAAGGGGAUUUCCGCCAGAAUUAGCGGCGAAGGAGGAUGACAAAGGUGAGUCUAAAGGAAAGUCCAUACCUAAGAGUAGUCGACAUGAUUCUCGGAAAAGACGAGACACGUCCUACGAGAAGGCCUGUCGAAGGGGUAGCGCUCCGGCCACCCCUGUCCUCGGAGCUCGACCCUUGGACGUCACCCCCAACAGAAUCGUCAACUUCUUCUCCAAGAGGUCGUUCCGCUCGAAUCCGCUGAAGAGGACGAAAAGCGUGACAAAGCUCGAACGACAGAAGCAACGCGGUGCCGGACUUCGGGGUUGCCGUUCACACGAGUCCCUGCUCUGCGGACAGGCGGUGACCUCGAUGGACCUCGCGGCCGUGACACCGCUGCAUCCAAGCCUGCUUGGCAGACCUCACUGCUUCCAGGUCACACCCAGCACCGGUGGGCCGAAAUAUUUCAGUUGCAGGACCGCUCACGAACGGGACCAGUGGUUACACAGCUUGAGGAAAUCCGUUCAACCUGACGCGGAGCAGACACGACGAACGGAUAAUUCCUUGCAGAUCUGGUUGCUCGAGGCGAAAGGCGUGCCAGCGAAGAAACGAUACUUCUGCGAGGUCUGCCUGGACAGUACUUUGUACGCGAGAACCACAGCAAAACUGAAGGCCGACCUUUGCUUCUGGGGCGAGCACUUUGAUUUCCAUCAUUUGCCUUCCGUCAAUACCAUACAAGUGAACCUCUACAGGGAAGCUGACAGAAAGAAGAAAAGGGACAAGAACGUUUUAAUCGGUUCCGUGAGUAUAUCGGUGCACAACGUCACGUCUCGUUAUCUAACAGAGAAAUGGUACACCGUCAUUGGCGAUAAAGGUCCUUUGAAGGAGCCUCCAGCUUUGAGGGUGAAAUGUCGUUUCCAAUCUGUGGACAUACUGCCGGUUCAAAUAUACCAAGAGUUCCUGGAGUAUUUGAAGACAGAUUAUGCGUCCUUGUGCGAGAAAUUGGAGCCAGUGAUCGGUGUCAAAGCGAAAGAGGACAUCGCCACGGCUUUAGUAGCCGUCAUGCAACGAGAAAAGAAAGCGCCUCAAUUUCUCGCCGACUUGGUGAUGAUGGAUAUACACAGAAUAGACGACGAGAGGCUCACGUUUCGAGGAAAUUCUUUAGCCACGAAGGCGAUGGAGGCCUACCUGAAGUUGACGGGUGACAGGUAUCUCCAGGAGACCUUGGGGGCUGUUGUAAGAGGAGCGGUGGAGGGUGGCGACUGCGAGGUGGAUCCACUGAAGGUCGCCUCGGUGGCGGCCCUUCACAAGCAGCAGCAGAAUCUACGGAACGCCGUGGAGCUCGCCUGGAGUAGGAUAUUGGCUAGCCACGCUCACUUUCCUCUCGAAUUACGCGAGUGCUUCCGUAUAUUCCGCGAACGCUUGGCUGACAUGGGCCGUGAGGACAUCGCCGACAAUCUGAUCUCUGCGUCUAUAUUCCUCAGAUUCCUCUGCCCAGCCAUUCUGAGCCCGUCCCUCUUCAACAUUACUCACGUGUUCUUUCUAGAAUACCCAAAUGAAAAGGCAGCGAGGAAUCUCACUCUCGUGGCGAAAACUCUUCAAACUCUGGCAAACUUCACGAGAUUCCAAGGGAAGGAAAACUUUAUGGAAUUCAUGAACGAUCUCCUGGAGCGAGAAGCUCCAUCCAUGAAGAACUUUCUUCAGCUAAUCAGUAGCCCUUUGCCAAAGGACGCUCCGGCCAAUAACUCGUUGGAAUUCGACGGGUAUAUCGACUUGGGCAAGCAACUAUCUCUCCUGCAUGCGCUUUUACGCGAAAGUUUGGUCACGAUAUCUUCGUUUUCCUCGUCACUGCCUCCGUCGAGACUACCAGAGAUCCUCGAGAGGAUCUCUAUAGCUUUAGAUCAAUCGGGUCCAAAUCCGGUGCCCGUUUCUCACCGCUAUCCAAAUUUACAAAACAACAUCUUCCGCUAUAACGAUCCCACGAUAGCAAACAGCAAUACCAACUUGUCUGUAUCAGCAACGUCGACAUUGAGCAAUCACAGUACGCUAAAUGGAACAAUCAGAGAUAGCAACGAAGUGUUGCAAUCGAACACACUAAGCCACAACAGUUCUCGCAGCCCUAACGUAACCAGAGCAGCCACUCUGCCGCGUAAUGCAUACAUGCCGACCAAUGGAAAGCUGCAGCUACAAAUUACUACGGACGAUUAUCCGCUGGAGUCGCCAGCUUUUGUGUCACGUUCGCCCACACCCAUAGUAAGACAACACAGACCGUUAGGGUCGAGCAGGGCGGGCGCGGGAUACAGACUGACCGCUAGCGCGAGUCUGGCGAACGUGAAUCAUUGCCAGACACAUCCCGCUAGUCCUACGAGAUCAGAGAGUCACAGCAAUCUGAAGGAUUCCAACUACAACAUCACUGCGUCGCAGAUCAACCAAUCGAAUAACUGCACAAUUAUGUCCCAGCAACAACAGCAGCAGAAUCACAGACACAACAUAGCGCGGUUGCAAAACCUAGACAUCCAUGACAGAGAAGAUAAUUAUAACCAUAAUAAUUACAACGUCUCGAGAUCAACCAGUAGGAACCACUGUAACAAGGAGGAUAACGUGAACCAGAUGCAACACCAAAAUUAUAACAACGUGUCGAAAACUACGGUAAACGCAAACGUCGUAGUGAAUCCUUCGUCGAAUCUCACUCUAUCGAUCAACCAUCAACCAAACAACAAUUACGCCAAUAGCAAGAACAACACGACUGCCAAUGGUAAUUUGGACGAGCUGUCCGACCUAUUGAGGUACGCCGACGACGAAGUGUCGGAAUCAAAAUCACAAAAGGGUUCGCAAAUAUCGAUCUCUCAGUUGAGCAACGUUGCUUCAUCCGGUUACCAAAGCUUCGCUGCUUACAGUCAGAGCUCCAGUCCCGUGGAUCUCAGCAGCAACAAUGCAAACGCACAUAUACUCAAUGCAGCGCCGCUGGCUUUCGCCAAUCCUGUUUACCACAUGGAAUCGAAUCACGGAAGAAACGGCAGGAGAGGCAGCAGUAGUUCCGAGGAAAGGGAUGCAAACGGAGGAGUGGAGGGUGUUAGAGGCGUUGAUCUCAGCCCGUCGCCUCCACCGCAGAAUAACGUGAGGAAUCUGCAAAGAAAUAAUCAGAACCAGUGGAGACAGGCCAACCAAACGCACAGAAAUAACUCGGAACAAAACCAGGCUGUCUGUUGCGCGAAGUUAAGAAGGAGACUAUCGCUAGAUUCUACGCGAGACCUCUCUGAUACCAGCGAAGAGGAGAGCUGCACAACGAGGAGGAGCAAAUCUCGCAGUCAUCGAAGCAUCGAUCAGUACGAAGUGGAAAUCGAGAGGUUGCAGAGUAGCGUAGAUCGACUGAGGGCCCGGUUAGGCACAACCGAGGAUACCGAUAUAGACGGCGUUGCACCGGAUACCAAGAUGAAGAGCAUCAUUUCCAGGUUAAUCUCCGUGGAGGAGGAGCUACGGCGCGAACAACAGAAGAUGUCGGCUGCGUUGUCGUACAAGCAGCGCGUGAUCGACGCGCAAGAGCAACAAAUAGCUGCUUUGGACGCCGCGAAUUCGCGUCUAAUGACGUCAAACACAAAACUGUUGUCCGCAUUGAGCACCCUGAAGCAACGAUACAAGUCGAGCCAGUCGAGCAACGAGGCGGCUGCGUUACUCCAGAACAUCGCUGACAUUGGCGAGCUGAAGAGCUCGUCCUGUUAAAAGAAAGAGAUAGAAAAGGGAGCAACCACCUGGACACCGUUGGUGGACAUCGGCGUGAGGACCAGCCAGACACCCGGUGAACCGCCGUAAAACACGUACAAUCACCAGACAAAGCAGAAAAACAUGAAGAUCGUUUUAUCUCUCGCGUUUGACGAAUGCUUCUGGAUGAAGAGUCUCGAGGAUGACUCGAUCGAUACGAUUGCUCGCGUGUAAUUGUUCUAGUACGUAUUCUAAAGAGGAAAUCUCAACGAGGAGCAAGCGACUACUCCAAGUCUGACUUUCUCUUUAGUUCGUUCUAGUUUUUGGUGUUUCCUCGUUUAGUAGCGCAACAUCAAAGGAAAUACCGUAUUGCUGUGGGAAGUUCCACGAGGAUACUCUUGCUAGGUUUGACGAAGCUACGCAAGCGGAGAAAGAGCGCAAAUUGAAAGAAAGGAGAGAGAGAGAGAGAGAGAGAGAGAGAGAGGGAGAGAGAGAGAGAGAGAGAGAAAGAACGAAAGAGUGAAAGGCGUGCGAAAAUAGAGGCUACCUAGUAAGUAGGCAAAUGGUUUAAGUAGAUAAUUUACGUCGAAUUUAAUGUGACACAUAGCAUUUAGGAUUAUUUGUAUCGAAUCCGGUCGCGAAUCACGCGAUACCUCGUAGUUCUCGUUUGACAGAAGUCGAUGGACCCUUAGCUUUGUAUCGCCACGUUUUAAUAUUAGAUUGCUUCACGCAAGCCUGUCCCAAGUGACUUUUCUUCGUUAGAAUUGAACGAACUGGAAAGUCGAUGCCCUUUGAGUUUAAGGAACACGUUGGACUUCUUGGUUGGCGAACAGCAACGAGGUCCAUCGACUUGUUUGGCGGUAGAUGAAAACGAAAGACAAAUGUACACGACGUUUGUCUCUUCUUUCGUUUCAUUUCCCUUCUGUAUUUUCUGAAUUCUGUUAUUCGUUCUGCAUCGUGUAUACGUACCUUGACACCCGCACAGCCGCAUCCACCGUAAACGCUAGCAUGAUUUACGAAGAAUUGUACCGUGGACGAAUUAACUCCAAGUUAUGUUGAAAGAUUUGCAAAUGUAUUUUAUGUCUUAAUUAUCGAAGAAACAAUUCUGACGAAUAUGAGUUCUAAAGUUGCUUGAUUUUGAAAUAUAGUCAAUUUUUCAGGUUUGAAAUUAAUGGUUCGCUAACAAAAAUACCUUUAAAUGUACCACUGGCCCCGAUAUACACGAUUAGUUUUUGUGAAUGGAGCUUUGGAGAGACGUAACAUUAGAUACUAGGUGACUUGCGACGUAUAUGUAUUUACUAUAUUUCAAAGCUUCUUCUUUUAUAGAAAAAUUUGCCCAAAUUGAUUGAUUUCUACAUAUAUAUAUAUAUUUCUAACAAGUUUUACAUUUUCAUAGAAUAUGAUAAUAAAUUGACUUUCUCAGAUAUGUGUUCACAAUAUUUUUGGACAUGUAUAUUCAAAAUGGCUUCCAUUCGCAUCGCAUAAAUUAAUAUACAGUGUGUUGACUGAUUAUUUACAAUAAUUCUAUAGUUGAGUCAGUAGUCGUAUGCACGUAAUGACUAUAUGGCUACUAGAAGUUUUGUGAUUUCCAAAUAUUAUGAAAUAGGAAAAAGGAAAGAGAUAAAGCUUUCUAUAUUACGGAAAUUUAUACCGCGGAAUCGAUAUAAGCAGAUUGUUGUCGAUAUAAAUGUAAGUAACGCGAUAAAUAGAAAUACGUAACAAAUUUUAGACAGUUAAUACUUAAUGGCAGUACUUGGUUCAUUUGUACCGAUUCGACGCGUUGGACCUGUGUAGCGUCUUUGUAUGCUAGUAAUAUUGUCUUCGUAAAUAAGUUGACCCUUCAUAGUUGCACGCACCUGGCUAGUCCACAUAUCUAUAUGUCUACAAUGUUAAACUUUUAUUUACCGAUCAUUCUGCUGUUAUAUCCUGUUAAACAAUCUAUCGAUAACGAUUAUUAGCUUUUAAGCUUCGCGUCAAAUUAAACAUCAAUUAUAACUCCUUUCUCUUACGAACAAAUAAUUUGACAAAACAUAUGAAGUAUAACGAAACAAAUGAUUUGGCGACCUGCGUAUAUUCGUCAGAAUUUGUUCCCAAAUUUUUAAGCUCAGAAUAUGCCUGCAAAUCGAAUAAUAAAAGAAUAAAUGUAUAUUGUAUUAUUAACGACGUUUGACACGCCAACAUGUAACAUCCUCAAGCACACCGAAUCGUAUUUCAGGACCGUAUAUAUGUGUGCAUAUUUUUCUAGUUUACCUGCUCGUGUGUCGCGUUCGAGCAGCAAAACGGACGCACGACGUUUUUCUGUUCGUACGCGAUGCAUAACGUUUUUAUUAAAGACUUCUCUUCCGUCGAACACUGAAGAGAAGCGUGAAACAGAUAAGAAAAGAAAAAGAAAAGAGAAAGAAAAUAUUAUUCGAGCUGUUGAAUUUUUCACUAUUCCUUGGAAGCUUUUUGUUUGAGCGUUCGAUUCGAACAUCGAUUCUUACUGUAAGCGACAAUAUAAUUUAUUUAGUAGUUUCUACCAAAGAUGAAGAGGUUUUUAUUGUAAAAAGCAUCGAGAUUUGCGUGUAAGAUAUUUUCUGUUUUCGUCGCUAAGCGUUGCUCGAGCUAACGAGUCGAUCGCCGGUCAGAUAAAAAAAAGUGCCGGCUGCACGAUGUAUAAAAAGAGUCCUCUUCCUUGAGAAGAUUGUGAUUCGAAAAGAGAACAGUCGUGCACCGAUAUCUCUUAGUCGCGCGAACAUUUUGUUAUAUUCUAUAUUUUCCUUUGUCUGUGUUUAUUUUCUUUUAAGAUCAAUUAUACACAGCAAUGCGUCAUGCAUAACAAAUUAGGUACACUAUUGAUGACAGUCUCGUUUGUUCGCAAUCGUUAGCGUGUAUAAUUGUUUUACAUCACACAACAAGUAUAUUAUCAUCGUAGCCAUUGUAUAGCGAAAUGCACGCGUGCUAGAUUGAAAGAUUUCGAGAGAGAAAGAGGCAGAGUAUGCGUGAGAAAAUCUAAAAAGCGAAGAAAAUUUGAAUCUGUGUAUGCCUGUGUGUAUGAAGUAUAUGAGGAAAAGAUUACGAUUCAGUCUAAUCUCAUUUUAAAAAAAAGUAUUAUCUCGACAACUUGUAUCAUAGCUCAUUAUUCGUCCGUGAGAUCAUUUUAUUUUCUCGCUUUUUGCCAAUUAUUUUUGUAUAGAGAUAUCUAUCUUUCCCCGUUUCUUUCGUUCCACCAUCCACUUUCAUCCACUUCUCGUACCUUACUGCCCCCCAUUUUUGUUUUGUACUUUCUUUAACCACGACCCUUUUUACGGAGAGGUGGUUUUGCCGACGAUAUUUUCAAUCAUCGAGUGUCGACACCAUGAAAUUAAUAUAUUCAACGGUACACCCUUCCUCUUGUUAGACAAUGUAAUCGACAAACGAUAAAGUAAUCUAUUUAAAAGUGAUUUGAAUAGCGUGUACAUUGCUAAGUUUUUUGGUAUAUUCGUUUCUGUAAUACAUCAUCUGUAUUUAAGCGUAUAGCAUCUAUUAGUAACAGUACAUGAGCAAAUAAAUAUGAUUAGGCAUA